UAGUCUGUUGCUGACUUUACACAUUAAAUUUUUUGCGCAUGGCAUUAUUCAUUAUGCAUUUCUGAGAACAGAAACUGGCAGUUUACAGACAGAUUUUUUUUUAUAAAAGCUAGACUACUGCCUACUUAUAGCUAGUGACUACAAGGUGUGUGAAAAGCUGCAGUACCUCCACAUCGGUAUAUAAAGUGAGAAGAUAUAGACGUACACCAUGAGUAAUAGUAGUGGUGAAGACGAUUAUGAGCCGUUUAACAUCGGUACCAGCCUUCCGAAAAGCGAAGAAUUGGCAAAUCUGUAUGGAGGCUCUCUAAAAACAAAGUCUCCAAAGUCUCCAACAUCGCCUCGAGUAGCUGGUAAAGUUCCAGUUUUACCACCACUCUCCAAACAGAAAGGUGCUGACAGUCAAGCUCCUGGAAACUACUCUCUCACUCAACCAGUUAAGGUGAAAAGCAAAACAUUCAAGACAAAGAAGAAGAGUAUUCCUGAAGCUCCUCCAAGGACAAAACCUAAGCCAACAACCGUACGGAAUACUGAGCUGCCAUCUGUCCUGAAAAAAACUGAGUCAUCUGAGGUGACACAAGAUGAUGAUUUAAUAUACGAGGAAAUGGACCCGACGGUUGUGCCUGGUGAGCUUACUCUGGAGGAGUUUGUGAAAAACUUCGAUCACACACUGCCACAGCAGAUUGAGGUAUCGAAAGGUGUGUAUGGAACUGACACCGACUCCACACUGUCAACAUCAGAUGUGCUCAACAUCCACUGCAUUGUCAAACGAGAUUUGGUACAAAUGGAGGAGAAAAAGUCCAAACAGACGUAUUCCAUUCCUUUUAACUCUUCCAUCAAGUUUGCUCCGGUUUUCAACCACCACGACCGUUUGGAGCAGAUCAACAAAGGAGAGAGGUUUCCUUAUGUAGCCAACAUACUGGAUCUCGUUAUCAUGCCUAAAGUUGUCUGUGCCUGUCAACCUAUCGAAUUCAACACGGACAUUGAUCCCACUGAGUAUAAAGAGAUACUCGCCAUCAAAGAGAUUAUAUAUGCUGAGUCCAGUGCACAGAGAAGGAAACUCAGAGUGUACAGCUUCACUGAUAACUGUGACAAAGUGUUGGAUGAGUCCGUAUACGGCGACUUCUCCACUCGACCGUCAGAUAUCAAACUCUACAUGCAGGACAUACUGAAGCAUGUGACCAGUCCUUUUCCCAUACACCUGAUCAUGUUUAAGGACAUACGAGUACCCAAGAUGAUGGGGGUCCCACACCAUUUGUAUCAGUAUCCACUUCUGAUGACCAAAAAGUUCACGGAGGUCAUUCUCAUAGCAACCAAUGCUCGGUCAAAAAAACAGAAGGAGCUCGAACCGUUUGAGAUCCCCAUCACGGUCGACGUUGAUAUUCAACUGGUCAAGCUGCCAGACAAUGAGUAUAAGAAGCUAGUGAAAGAAACAGAGGAAUUGAAGGAGAAACUGAGCAGUCUACCCGUGAAAAUCUACCAGUAUGAGAACAUGAGUGAUGAGAUGUUACGGGUACAGACUAAGUUCUAUGAGCUGGUGAGAAUUGGGGGUGAUAAGUCUGAGACGCCUCUGAGAAGAGGACCAGCUGGUGGAGCUAAUCGCUCGCUAGUACAAAGAAUUGAUAAGCUUGAAAAAACCACUGACAACUACAAAGAAAGCCAAACUCGUAUCAAGGCUGACAGAGAGGCGAAUGACAAGUUUCAGCAGGGUGUGACUACAAGGCUGGCUAAUCAAGAGAAGUUGAUUACUCAACAAGCGGAGCAGCUAAAGAAAGCCAAUAGACAGAUGUCAAUGCUGAAGAAACGGCUUAGAGAGCUGACAAGAAUGGUGCACGGUACUGAUGACCCAGGUUCAAAUGAGGAUGAUGAUGAGGACUUUGAACUCAGUGACCCCAGACCGGAAGAUGCACAGGGAGAUAUUGGGAUGGCUGUCACUGAAGAAGAAAACAAGAAACAUGUGGCCAGUAUGAACAACCAGCAGAUUCUGGAGCUUCUCCGAGCUAACGGGCUCAAACAGUACGAGUCAUCUUUCCUAAGAGAGGAGGUGACUGGAGAACUACUGCUCGAGUGUGAUGAACACCUUCUUCAGAAUGAACUCGGUGUAACAUCCAAACUACAUCGCCUGAGGCUGCUGAGAAUUAUUAGUGGGAAACCUAUAUAAGUAAUGUCUCGUAACUGAACUAUGUGUAUACAUGUGCAUGCGUUCACUAUAAUUAUUGUAACAAAGUCUUUUUUAGGUAGUCCUCAAUAAACUAUUUUGUGCUAUCGCUUUACUCAUUAUUUUAACAAUUGCUUUUGACCUUCGUAUGAGGUGACUAACUAAUUGGUUUUAUGGAGCUUAUAUAAUUUUUUUAUAAUUAUUUCAUGUCAUGAUCUUCAGGGCUGCUUUUUAUAAUUGUUGAUUGAUAUAAA